UUUAGCAGUUGUGCAAAAUUUCAUAAUUUUCCGAGCCCUUGUUCAUAUUUAAAUAAAUUAUCAAAAAGCUCCAAGUUUGGAAGUUUCGAAACACGUGGUGACGUCACUGCAUCUCUCAAGUUGGUCGUGUGACGGCCUUUAGCCCGUCUUGACUCGAGAGAUGACGUCAUACCAUCUCUAAGCGUAAGCGAUGAAUUUCUGAGGCAUAAUGUUUUAUUAUUCGAAGCCGCAUAACUUUUUUAAUAUUUAUCCAAUUGCGCUGAAUUUUUUUUUGUGUGCUAUAUGUGAUUAAUACUCCAUAAAAGUAUCAAAAAACGUGGUUAAUGGAACCUCACUGAACGAGCCUAUUAUAUUUAUCAUAAUUUGCCAUUCGGCUCGUGAAAGUCGCUUAUUUUUGAUUUUUUGCGAUUUUUUACAAAUAUUUGGCACAACAAGGAUUCAAAAAUGAAGUUAUAAUUAAUUUGUAAAUUUUAGUCUAUUUGGACUAUGUGACCGAAAAGUUGGAAGAACAUGCCGCAGAUUGCAGAUUAAAAAUAAAAUAAAGUAUUUCCACAUCCAUUUCCACAACUUUCUUAUUUCUCAAAUGCACCGCUUUUCUCUAUCUCUUCAGUGACAACAGCCCAGCAGCCUACUUGAAAAAUUAAAGAUGAUUUUAAUUUAAAUUAAAAGCUUUUAAAAUCAGGUAAAAAGCUGUAUAAGGUAUAACACAUUUGUAGAUCAUGUAUUGGUAUUGGACAAUCCAAAAAUGUAAAAAUAUACAGGGGUGUCUAAUUUGAAAUAAUAUAGAUUUCUACAAUUUUGUAAAUCACAAAAAAAACAUACCAUAUACAAGCAGGAGUAAUAUUUUACACAGGUUGCAACAGGCCAAGUGUUUUCUGAACGGCUAGUUGAAACAUUAAACCUGUCCUAAACAUACAUAAUAUCAUGACAUACUUUAUCAAUUCCAUUCUAUCUACCUAUAUAACUUCAAUAGGUUUCAAUAUAAGUUUGAACUCAAAACUCAACAUUUCAGUGCAAAUAUAGGGUUGCUAAACUCUCGGCUAAACUUUUAUAUUAAGUAAGUAGGUAGGUACUGACGUACUGACUCAUUAUGACUUAAAUUAAAUAUACUUUUGAGGUGUCAGAAUAAAAUAUUUGGUACCCAGUCAAUUAACAUCCGUACUUAAUACAACAUGUACAGAUUUUUACAAUUUACUGAAUGAAUAGGUACCUAAUUACCUAAAUGUUUAUUUCUUCCUCAUCCUCUUAAUCUUCUAAGUACCUAUAUUUUAUUAAAGAAUGUUGAAUUAAUUCAAUUCCUCUCUACACUACAAAUAAAAGAAUUUUAAAACUUUCACUUCCAACGAAGCGACAAAAAGAAAAUGUAGGGCAAUAGGGCAAAUUUACAGCAAUACAGUCAUAUGCACGUCAGUUUUGGCAUGCCCGAAAUAUUUUUAAUUUCCCGGACAGAAGAAAAUCAAUAAACUCUGUAGAUGACUUCUGUAUUGUUUCGUCCUAAUAAAUUUAAUGAAUAAUUUUUCGUCGACCCAACAAACAAUGUUCGCGCGAGUGACUUUUUAUCCGACGUUGUUUUACAAUGUGAUGAUGGAAAAACUGACCCCCAGACAAUGGUACAAUAGGAUAGACGAUACGGUGAUUUUGGGGGCGCUGCCUUUUCCUACUAUAGGUAAAGAACUAAUCGAAAAAGAAAAUAUAAAAGCGGUGGUGUCCAUGAACGAGGAUUAUGAACUAUUUUUGGCAAACGAUGCGAAGUCAUGGAAAGAAUUAGGAGUAGCUUUUCUCCAACUAGCCACAACAGAUAUUUUCGCCACACCAUGUCAAAGUAAACUAAUCGAAGGCGUCACGUUUAUAAACAAAUUUGUGGAGCCUGAAAAAGUAAUUAAUGGAACUUCCACUUCUUCGGUUUACAUUCAUUGCAAAGCCGGAAGAACGAGAAGUGCUACAUUGGUGGGAUGUUAUUUGAUGCAGAGGUAUAAUUGGACUCCAGAACAAGCAGUGAACCAUAUGAAAGAAAAGAGGCCUCACAUAUUGAUGCACAGAAAACAAUGGGAGGCACUAGAAAUAUUUAAAGAAGAAUAUUUGAAUAAACCUUCCAAAUAAUAAAUUGAAUAGCUGUACUAAAAUACAGGCAUUAUAUCUCAGCAGAGGGUACCUCUAGGGAUAUAGAAAGACAAACCAAAAUUCCAUUUUACGAGUCUAUUUAAGUCAUUUUUAUAAAAUAUCACGUUUUAAUUCUACCAGUAAAUCCUGAGUACCCUAGAUAAACAAGGAACCAGUUAAUAUUGUUGCUCAAAAAAAAUUACUACUUUAUGGACUAGUAAGGGUAAAAACAAAUUUAACUUGACAAUAACUUAAAAUAUAGUAUAUUUGUUUUUAUAAUAAAUUGUUUGAUUCCUACAAUAAACUUUCAUCCAACAUAUAUUUCCCUAACGAAGCAUCUCUAAAAGCUUUCAACAAAAUUUGUGCUCCAGCAUCCAAAUGAGGCUUCACUACAUAUUCAUUCAAAGGAGUCCUUAUCCGCAAUAUCUUUUUAUGAAUUUUGCAAAUGUGAGCAAGUAGUUGUAAAAUAUCAUCGCAAGGUUUAUCCAUUUGGAAAUAUUUAACAUACUCGAAAUGAUUAUGAGUGUUGAGCCAAAACAGAAGAUAAUCAGCGAUAAUUGUUUCCCCUACAAAGUGGUCUUGAAUUGUUGCACAUAAAGCAAGUUUUAAUCCAACUUCUACGUCAGUUAUAUUUGGAGUCAGAAUCCCAGGAGUGUCUAGCAUAUAAAAUAAAGGAUUAUCGCACAUUUUAAUUUUGUGUAAAACGCUUCUGGUCAUGCCAGGUUUAGCUCCUACACUGGAGGCUUUACCUUUACGCAAAUGUCUCGCUCUAAGAGCAUUUAUCAGUGACGAUUUGCCUACAUUUGGUACCCCAAUUAUCAUGAGAUUAAAAUCUUCUUCGUCUUGCCUGUUGUACCUAUUCGAGUCGUUAAUCAAAUCUUGUGUUAAGGGAAACAAUUUUUUGACUCCCCCACACUGAUGAUCUUUACAAUUUGUAAAUAUCACAUGCUUAUAGUCAGAUUUCAAUUUGUCCAUAAUAGGUGUUUGCAGUUUCUUCGGUAUAAGAUCGGCUUUGUUUAGUACUAAAAUAUGGGGCUUGACGCCGCUUACGGUGUAUUUGAAAUCCGUGUUUCUACCGGAAAUCGGAAUUCUGGCGUCGUGGACUUCAAUAAUACAAUCGACCGAACGUAGUUUCAGUUGCAUUUGCUUGAGCCCCUUUCCCAUGUGUCCUGGGAACCAUCGGACCACGUCUUUGUCUAUCGUUUUGAAGACACUUCGGAAAUUGUCUUUGGCUAUUUUUUGAGCCAUUUUUAAUUUGUUGAUAAAUUUUUAAUGUUUAUUUUGAAUUUUCUUUACUCUAACCUAUAAAUAUAA